AUGUACCGUACAUUAAGCAAAUUAUCUUGCGCCAUCAAGCCUACCGGUACUCAAGCUUUGAAGCGUUCAUAUGCUGUUUCAAGUACCUUGAUCAAACCGGUAAAAGAGUUAACUCAUCUCGACACUGAUGUUCCUCAAUCUACCUUGGAUAAAGUCAACGAAUUCACCAAAUACACUGUCAACACAUACGCUCGACCUGAUGUUGUGAUUGCCCGAGGCAAGGGCUGUUAUCUCUAUGACACCAGUGAUCGCCGCUAUCUUGAUUUCACUGCUGGUAUUGCUGUCACGGCAUUGGGACAUUCAGAUCCUGAAGUAGCUCAAGUCUUAUACGAUCAAGCCAACAAGCUGUUGCAUACCAGUAAUUUAUACCAUAACGAAAACGCCGGUGCGCUCGCCAAGACGAUGGUCGAAGCCACCCGUCAACAUGGUGGUGAAUGGGCAUCAAAAUUGUUCCUGGCUAAUUCUGGUACUGAAGCAAAUGAAGGUGCUCUCAAGUUUGCUCGUAAAUGGGGCAAGCAAUUCAGUCCUGACAAAACCGAGAUUGUCUGCUUUACAAAUGCCUUCCAUGGUCGUUCGAUGGGCGCAUUGUCAGUAACAUUUAAUCCCAAAUACCAAAAACCAUUUGCUCCAUUGGUUCCUGGCAUUGUUACCAGCCCUUACAACGAUGUGGACGCUGCCUUGAACGCUAUCACCAAUAAGACAUGUGGUGUUAUUAUCGAGCCCAUUCAAGGUGAAGGUGGUGUGCAUCCUGCCAAGGCUGAAUUCCUGGAGGCUUUGCGAAAGCGUUGUGAUGAGACCAACACUUUGUUGAUCUUUGAUGAAAUUCAAUGUGGUUUGGCUCGUACUGGUAAGAUGUGGGGUCAUCAGCAUUUCAAUGUAACUCCUGAUGUCAUGACCAUGGCAAAGCCUUUGGCCAACGGUGUACCCAUCGGUGCCAUUUUGACUACUGAGAAGGUGGGAGAGAUGAUCAAGACUGGCGACCACGGUACUACAUUUGGUGGUAAUCCUCUUGCUGCUGCAGUUGCUUUGAAUGUCGUGAGCCGUAUCACAACUCCAGAAUUCAUUGAUUCCGUCAACCAAAAGGGAGAGCAUCUCAAGAGUUUAUUGAAGCAGGUUCAGGAUAGCCACCCUGAUUUGAUCAAAGAGGUCCGUGGUAAGGGUCUAUUGAUUGGUGUAGAAUUCACAAAAGAUCCCUCUCCCAUUGUCAAGAUGGCUCGUGAGCGUGGUUUGUUGCUGGUAACUGCAGGCUGUAAUACAGUCCGUGUGGUUCCUCCAUUGAUCAUUACCGAGGAAGAAGCAGUAGAAGGUGUCUCCAAGUUUGCAGGCGCUGUUGAUCAAUUUGCAGCUUCAUCCCAAUGA